ACAAGCAACCAACAUCAGUAUGGAGUUAUGGAGACCAUGGGCCGAAAUACCGAUUUAUCCUGCAUAACCGCAAUUCUAUCAUGUUUCGUUUUAUCGGUGAUGUAUGUCGCGAGUCUCUAUGUAUGGAAUUCUCCGUACAGUAGGUAUGUAUGCCGAUUAACAACUGGAUAAACGUUAAUCUUUAAAUGUCCAUUUUGUUGAACCGUGUAUGCUCUCUCUAUCGGUCCUUUAACAGUGAACCACAGGAAACCACGAACAAAGUGUAACUGUAUUCACGUCGGCCGAGAACAUGAAUAUGUCUACUCUUUGGUUCUCCCAUUCACGCAGUCGCUUUUCUGGACAAGAAUCGAAUCUACAGCGCCUCUAUUGGCGAACUUUUUCUUUCGAUUUCUUCUAUAAUUGGCGCGUCAUUUCAAAUCGACUGUGUCAAAUCACUAUAUCGAUAACUAUUUACUGCCAAUAAUAUUGAUUUCAAAUGUUUAACUAUAUAUUUUUUAAACAUUGGAAAUUUUAUUAUAGUUCCGCUUGACAUUAAAAUCCUACUUCUUUUCGGAGAAUUUACUGUUAAUCGAAAGUUUUAAUUAAAAAGGAACAUCCUACUGUAAUAAAAAAAAGAUUUUUUAGCGUUUUUAUUAUGUCCCUUAUAUCUCCUGCUUUGUUGUAUUUUGGAAUAAAUGAAAAAGUAUUUCAAAAGGCAACAAUUUGGGAGUUAUUGGGUCUGCGAUGGCCUGGUUUAAUUCAAGCAAUUGUGAUACCAUUAUUAUUAACAAUGAUACUAUUUCUAGGGCCAAUAUGUGUACAAGGUUUCAAUGGACUUUGGAGACUAUAUACUGAGCCUAUGUAUUGGCUUGGGAGUGUACGAACAAUAAUAUGGUGGAGAAAUCUAGUAGUUGCUCCUUUAGCUGAAGAAUGGACAUUUAGAGCAUGUAUGUUACCAUUGCUUUUGCAAUGUUUUACACCAACUACUGCCAUAUUUGUAUGUCCUUUAUUUUUUGGUGUUGCUCAUUUUCAUCAUGUAGUAGACAGGGUGAAAGCAGGCAUGAAUCUGAAACAUGCCCUUUUUAUAUCUUGUUUCCAAUUUGCGUUUACGACACUGUUUGGUGCAUAUGCUGCCUUUCUUUUUGCUAAAACAGGACAUUUAGCAGCGCCGUUUACGGCACAUUCUUUUUGUAAUCAUAUGGGAUGUCCUGAUCUUUCUGAAGUUGUUGCAGUUAAAGAUCCUUUAAAAAGAGCUGGAUUGUUUUCUUUGUUUGUAAUUGGAUUAGUAGCCUGGUGUUUUUUAUUGACACCAAUGACAAAUCCAAGAUUAUUUUAUAAUAAUUUAUUUUGGCAUAAAAAUUUUAUAUGAGUGUGAUUUAUUUGCAACAAUGUCACUAAUGUUAUGUAAAUUUUUUAUAAAAAAACUAGUCUAACUUGAACUGAUAUCGUUUUAAGAAUUUAUAUUGCAUGAUAUUUUUUAAGAAGUAUUUGUUACUUAACAAAAUGUAUCUCAUACAAGUUGACGAGACUGUUUUGCAAAUUAUAUAAUAGAUAUAAUUACAUAUAAGUGCAAUUUUAUCAAACACAGACGUACUUUUAUAAGUUAGAAGCUAAUCAAAUUCGUGUAAUACAAGAUUUUUUAGUUCUAAUUUUUGUGAACAUGUUUUGUAUAAUGUAAUUAUUAUGCAAAAAGGUUACCAUAGGCAACUUAAUCAUGCAAUAUAGAACUAAUAUAAAAUCACCGUAGUGCCUCAAAUUUAAUUCAAUUUACAUAGUUAUAAUCAUGAAUGCCAAUAGAACUUUAGGCAAAGUUCUUAAAAUAAAGAUGUUAAUAAAAUAUUGUAAAGUUAAAAAGAUAUGACAUUGUUACAAUAAACAGUGUGUUAUUUUGAA